GGGCGCGCCUUUCACUUUCUCACACACACGCACGUCAAGCCCGGCUGCGAAAACGAUCGUCAUCAUCUCUGGUCUUCGCGUUACGGUUCUGAUGUGUGUUGCCUGGCAUCAAUAGUAUACCCCGUCGCUGCGUCCCGUGCGAGCGCCCCACACUGGUCCCCUCCUGUCCUUUCUGCGCCUCCCUCCCUCCCUGCCCCCUCCUCUCCCUCCGCCCACGACCUGUUACGCUCGACACGAGGUGCAUGACCCCCGGUGACGACACACAACCAUACGCAAGCUCUGGAGAAAAACGCGGAGAAUCCGUUUCCGGAACCGGUCUGAGAGAGUCGGAUAGAUUCAUCGCCAGACAGAAUCGAUCCACACUGUCUGCGUCUUCCGCAUCGACAUCGUCCACUUUGGCCUCCUCUUCCUCAUCAUCGUUGUCCUCGUCAGCGCUAUCCGCGCCUACGCCCUCGCCCACGUCGCUUAGCGCCCGUCCCGAGUCGUCCUCUGCACGUGCUACCUCAGCUUCCGCAUCCUCUGGGUCAGGUUCGGCCAGAAGCGGUAGCUUACGUUCUGGGAGUUCCUCGGCGUCGGCGGCAGUCUCCCCGAGCUCCUUGUUGUCGUCUUCCUCUGCAUCGCAAUCGAAGAGCUCUGUACGCGCUUCUUCAGUGAUGUCCAGUUCUGCGUCCAGUGUCAGUCAGUCGCGAUCGGUUGUGGUCCGGUCGAGCACUAGCUCCUCCGCUGCAAACAGCCCGUCCGCAUCUGUAGCCUCAUCCACGACUUUCACAUUUACGUCUACACUCACCAUCUCGCCCUCCUCGUCCCUGUCGCCCUCCUCGGCGCCCGUGUUGAUCUCCACCGUCCUCCUGACAUCCACUGGGCCCGUUUCCACGGCCUUCUCCACCUCCGCCGGCGCCAUCGGCCCCGCAGCGACGCGGUCCACCGGAGCCGCGUUCGCACACAACGCCGGCGCGAUCGUCGGCGUGGCGGUCGGCAGCGGCGCCGCGCUCGUGCUCGCCGUCGUGCUCCUGUGGUUCGUCUUCCGCGGCCGGCGCCGCCUGCGCAACGACGACAGCCGCGUCGGGAGCGAGCUGCGCAUGAUUGGGAACCGCGUCGACCGCGCGGCGGACGCGCGCACGCCCAGCCCGCACUACACGCUUGCCCGGCCGCGUGCGCGGCCGACCGAGGCGGGCUCGUCCGGGCUCCAGCUGCUCGAGCGGCUGAGGGGCGGGCAGACGCCGGGGGACUCGUUCAAUACGCCCGGGGACUCGUACAAUACUACGCCUGGGGGUGCUCCCGGCUCUCCACUCUCGGAUGCGCUGCCGACCCCACCGCCCAUCUCCGCCGAUGCAUACACGGCUGUACCCGCGCCUCCGCCGUCGCCCCGCCCGAGCUCGCUGCUGAACCCGGCCCCGCGUCGGCCGCCAUCGAUUCUGGUCUCAACGACGUCGUCGCCCCUGGCGAUGCCGCCGUCCUCGCCGAGCUUGCCACCCGGGCUUGUGAUGGGUGGUGGGGGUGCUGAUCCGGAUCCGGCGCUUUCUGCGGAGAUUCCCGACCGGACUGGCACGCCGGCGACGCUGUUGCGUCCCGGGCUGGCGAUGCUGCAGUCCCAUUCGACGCGGACGCUUGACGAUCAUGAGGACUACUCGCGCCCGAUCGGUGGGCGCGUGAAUCAGCGCACUGAGACGGAGGCGACUGUCGCCAGCUCCGACGACGAACGGUAGGCGGAUUGUUGUGGUUCUUUCCUCUUCCUGGUGUAUGAAUUUCCGACGCUCUUUACGUACAUAUACUUUCGUUUUUGGCUUGGCUGUGUGUCCCUCCCGUUAUCAGAGGGUUGCGGUAAUUGUAUUGCUCACAUCUAGUGAAUCGUGUUUUAAUUUCGGUACUUUCCCGUACCUUACAUAUGCGUCCAUAGAAAACACGACCUUGGAUGUAUGCGCAACUGGGUCAUGUACCGGAUAGAUAUCAGCUGACUAGCACCAUGGUACUUUCGGAUGUUGAUGGCACUCUCUGUGCUCGUCCGUCACUCCUCGCUCCUUGCAAAGAAAAAAAUCAUCCCACUUGCUUCCGGCCAGCACGCAAGCGGUGCAGUCUAGGCGAAGCCUGUGAAUUGAAUAAUGCUUCCACGGAAUCAGACACCUAUUCAAAUAAUCCGGCAACCGUUGAUGUCGGCAAAACAUUACCCCCACGCCACUCGGUUCUUCUCCGUUUCGCCGUGUCCCUUUUCUCCGUUUCCCCACGGCUUCUCGUUCUUCUUCUUCUUCUCCUUCUCCUUCGCGCUCCCUCGCAAUGCCCUCCGCCCCGAUGCUCGUGCUCCCAUUUGACACCGACAACGUGCUCAAGUCUGUGAUCCGCAACACCGACGACAACUCGCGGCGAUACGGGGUCGAGACGUACCACGGCGGGUCCGCGCGCCUCGAGACGUGCAUCGAGAACCGCGUCGGUACGAUCUGCGCGGUGAUCGACUGGAAGCAGCGCACGUUCAAGGUCGGGACGAACACGGCGCCAGUCGACGGCAUGAAGCGGCGCGCGAGUGCCUUAUCUGCGUUGCGGUAUUGGCGCUGGCUGGAGGGCGAGGAGUACACCGUGCGGUACUCGAAUUCGGCUGAUACGUGGUCGAUCGUCAAUGGGCAGAACGAGAUCCUCGCGGAACUGAAGUCAUGCGUGUCCCCCAUCUUCGGGCAGACGACGUUACCUGUCCUGCGCCUGAGCCCGCUCGUUAGGAACGAAGACGACCGGCUUUUUUUCCUGCUUGUGUUGUUGUACUCCGAGGGGAAGCGGGUGGAUCGCCAGGGAUGAGUGUGGAUGCCGGAGGUUGUGUUUCGAUACAGUAUCCCCGCCGGCGUGGUCCUGAUCAUGCCGUACUCAGACGCUCUUCUUCUGGGACCAUCGCUGUUGGCACUGUUGCUUGUUUCUUCUUUCAACGAACCUCUGAACCGUACCGUAUUAUUGGCUGCAAUGUCCCUAAUUUCACGCCGAUAGAUUUGACUACCC